UGGUGUUAGCUUGAACUUUCCUACUUAGUAGUUUCAUGUUGUGACUGCUUGUUUUUGUAUUGUGAUGGACAGUCGAUAAUGAAUCCUUGCUGACUUUCUCUUCACCAUUUAGCAAUUUGCAAACUCUUUUCAUGUCAUCCCCUCCAAGUGUGUCUCUCCUAAACGGAGCAGCCCUGGUCUCAUUACUCUCUCCUCCUAGGAAAGUUCCUCCGUGCCGCUCAUCGUCCUUGUUGCCUUUCUCCGGACCUUCUCUAGUUCAUCUAGAUCCUUUUGCAGGUGCAGAGACCAGAGCUGGGCACCGUAUUCAAGCUUCUGCUUGGUCCUGAGAAGUGGCGAUGACAACAGCCAUCAUACCAACCAGCCCCCCACCUGCCCAAGGGGGUGGAAACUUUUAUUACAUCCUGACGGACGAAUUCCCCUAUGGCAGCAAGCUCUUUCAAGCUGGGCACAUGUGCUUCAUCAGCGAGAGAAGUUACAUGCACUUUAUCUCCAGUGACACUGCUCCCAAGAGUCACCUGAGGGUGACCAUGCUGCAGGACAAUUCCACAGUCACGGUCAGCGUAGAAGUGCUUCAGCCCCUCGAGGACCGAGAGCCUGGCUUCCUCCUGGCCGUUGGCAACCAGAGGGAACGCUUGAACUGUUUCCUGGAAAGGCAGGGCCUCGAAGCAGCUAUGGAGGCUAAGCUGGGCCAACAAGUGGUGGUGAAUCUUGACCUGCAGCACUUCCCUGGCAUCAUCCGCUACAUUGGAAGGAUUACUCAAUCUACUUGGUCCCCCCUGUCUCCCACCUUCUUUGGGGUGGAGUUACAGGGUGAUGGCGAAAGCAGAGGACACAGUGACGGCUCCUUUCAUGGCAUCGAGUAUUUCAAGUGUAGGCAAAACUGUGGGAUCUUUCUGCCGUUUAACAAAAUCCAGUUUGUUCCUGGACCUGACAGCGAUCGAAUGAAACAGGAACCGAAACCAGAUGCAACUAGAAUUGAUCCAGUCAAAGUGGGUGAUGCUGUGGGCUUCUACCUGGAUGAGAUCUUGACAAAAGGAUUAGCAGUGGGAGUGUACAAGGAAGGAAACCAGUGGUUUGUGAGGGUUUGUUCGGAAGAAGAAGGAACAACAGAUAGUUUUCGGGACAUCCCCAUGGACUCUGUUGUGAAGGAAGGCUUGCUCUCUCCAGUGUUUGAGCCGGUCGGGUGCCCAGGAUUCCAGAAAGAGUUGACGCGGGAAAGAAGCCAGAAUGGAGACGAGUGGGAAAGCGGGCAUCCUUCCCUGGAUGUGAACUCCCUGGUACAGAUCCCCUUAGACAAGGGGAACCAAGUCUCUGGAACCAUCCGCUGGGUGGGGAAUCUGCCCAAAACUACCCACAAAAUGGCAGGAGUUGAACUGGAUGAAGACAAAGGGAUCACAGAUGGUGAAUGGCAGGGGGUGCGCUACUUUCAGUGCCCCCCAAAGCGCGGCAUCUUUGUGAAGCUACAGUCAUGCCAGCCCGACAUGCGCUUCCAGUGUUCAAGCAGUACCAGCCUGGAUUCCAGCAGCUUCAACGAGCUGGAUAGUCCACAGGUUCUGGAUAAUUGUCCUCCUCUCAGGGACCAUGAAGCUGUGCAUGUCUUAAAAGGGCAGAUGAGAGGAAUUCAAGGGCACUGCAAUUCCUGCUACAUGGACGUAGCUCUUUUCAGCCUCUUCUCCUGCACCUCUGUGCUGGAUUCCAUGCUCUUCAAGCCUCCCCCCAUAUCUGACAGGAACGUCCAGAAGAUCCUUCGGGAUGAAAUCGUGACCCCCCUCCGACGGAACGGUUUUGUUACUGCUCAGAGCGUGAUGCGCCUGAGGCAGCAGCUUACGGAAAAGGGCCAGUGUUCAAGCUUUACCACUUCUGAGAAAGACCCCGAGGAGUUCCUUAAUCUCAUUAUGCAUCACGUCCUGGGGAUAGAGCCUCUUUUGAGACUGCAGUCCAGAGGCCGGAAAGAGCAGGAUUGUUACUGCUACCAGAUAUUCAUGGACAAGCAGGAGGACUUGGUGGUACCCAACGUGCAGCAGUUAGUGGAGCGUUCCUUCCUGUCUUCUGAUCUGAAGCUAGUGGAGAUCCCAUCCUGUUUCAUUAUCCAAAUGCCCCGUUUUGGGAAGGAAUAUAAAAUGUUCAGCAAAAUCAUUCCCUCCUUAGAGCUGGACAUCACUGACCUGCUGCUUGACAGUCCCCGGGAAUGCUCCGUGUGUGGUGACGUUGCGACCCAGGAGUGCUCAGAAUGCUUUAAAGACCGGACAUUUGCCAUGACGGGGCUGAAGCAGUAUUGUAACUCCUGCUGCAGACAGGUUCACUCUCACUACCAGCGCAAAGCACACCGGCCCACAAAGCUGCAUGUCCCUGACGAGUUUCCCGGCACGAGCCAGCUGGGCAGCCAGCGGGUCCCACGGGAGAAAAUGGAGCUCUUUGCAGUGCUCUGUAUAGAGACCAGUCACUACGUCUCCUUUGUGAAAUAUGGACCGGAGAAGGAGAAUUGGAUGUUCUUUGACAGCAUGGCCGACAGGCACGGUGAUGAGACGGGCUUCAACAUCCCCACAGUGACUCUGUGCCCAGAAGUUGCCAAGUACCUGGAAUUGCCAGUGGCCGUGCUGGCCAUGGAGCAGCCCCGGGACAUGGAAGGAGUGGCCAAACGCCUCUUCUGUGACGCCUACAUGUACAUGUACCAGAGCAAGAAAAUGGCACUUUAUAAAUGAUGCCAGCUUGGCGGGGCAGACGGGGACGUGGGCUGCCACUCCAGCACAGAACAAUGGGGCGUUGGGAAGGAGAGGCUCAGCUCUCACCAGACAGCCUCUGCUUUUGCAGCUGCUUAUCAGGAAACCCAGAGUCCGAGUCAAACGACCUUUCAGCUUUGCAUUUGCUGACGUCUUCCAACAGCUGGGAUCGAGCUAUGCACAAGAGCAAGGUUCAGUGUUGAAAAUCCUGCAGGCGGCCUUAGCCAAGCAAUAGAUUGGACUUCCUGCAGAUCUGAGCGGUUUAGAGAUUUUUAAUUAGGACGUUAUUUUGUGGGAGAGCUUCACCCCAUUCCUCUGCCUCCUCCUCCUGC